AUUGUCUAAGCAUCUUUAGGGUUUCAUUUGAGAAUAUCAUCAUGAUGAAAGUAGGAAGCAUUCUCUUAGCCGUUGGAAUUUUAUUUGCUCUCUUCAACCUCAACUACGGCUCAGAUGUGGUGCAAAAAGAUGAUUUCAAAUUUUGUCGCCAAAGUAUGACAUUGAGUGGAAAUUGUCAAAAUUCUCCUACAUGCUUUACAGUAUUCAAUGCUAAAUAUGGAGCAAGCGCCACCACUCACAAUUGUAAUUGUCAAGAUGCUGGUAAAAGCCACACUUGUUCAUGCUGUAUUAAUUGUGAUUAUACAGAUGGUAAAACUCCUUGUUAGAAUCUCAAAUAG